AUGCGCUUCAACACAGCAGCUGGACUCGCCUUGAGUCUUGCUAUCCCCACUGGUGCCCUUUCUGUUCCCCGGGAUGCAGCUCCGGAGCCCGCUGGCAAAAUCGUUGCGAAGUUGUUCUGCGACGUGGUCGGUGGUCUUGUCACUGUUGCGAAGCAGCAACCCCAAGCCACCAGCUUUUGCUCUUCUUACCUUAAGAUCCCCGUAGUCAAAAAGACUUCCACAGUAACCUCCUUCACUGCCACAACUACAACAACGACCUUGAGUCUGCCCACCACCAUCACAACUUCGGUCACUGUACCCCUUACCAUCUUCGAAACGGCAACGGCAACCGAUAUCGUGACCGCCACCGACACCAUCACGAACACCGCAACCGAGACCUCUACAAUCACCGAACAAACCACUGUUUUCACAGCCACAUCCGCCGUCAUCGCCAUCCCCACAUUUACCGUCUACGCCAUCGGCGGCCCCAACAACGGAAACCCGAUGUCCAAUGCCAACGGCAACAUAGUACGCAACACGAGAGGCACCUCGCCCCCUCCCGUCCUACAAUUCACCACUGUGGACAUCAAUAAGCUGCAAGUGCUUAAUGGGCCGUACGCUGGCUCGAUCGGUAAAACCGACCCGAAUGCUAGUGGGAGUGGGGCUGCACUCUACUUUGGCAGUUACGUACAAGAGCGAUGGGACCUGUCCGUUGUCGUGCCAGGCUGCCAGAGGCUCGACGAGUUUUGA